GUGACCGAGGCAGUAUUGCUGUGAGUAGUGAGAGGAAAGGAAGUGUAUGUGCUUGGCUGUCUGCUGCUUCUCGUCUGUCAAAGAUGUCCUCCGGAAGCAGCGAGUGGGAGUAACCGGCUCAGAUGGAGGAGGACGCGGGGGGCUCCUCGUCUCUUCCCCCCGAGGAGGGCUACCUGCUGGUCAGGAUUCACGUCCCGGAGCUGAACGUGCAGAAGUGCCUCCAGUUCCCGCGAGAUCAGUUGGUCUGGGACGUCAAGCAGCAGUGCCUGGCCGCCUUGCCUAAGGUGGCCACGUGGUUCAGGGAACUGAAGGAGAGCUUCAACUAUGGCCUCUUCUGCCCUCCUGUGAAUGGUAAAGCUGGCAAGUUCCUGGAUGAGGAACGGCGUCUUGGAGACUAUCCGUUCAGUGGACCUGUUGGUUAUUUGGAGCUCAAGUACAAGCGGCGUGUGUACAAGAUGCUGAACCGGGAUGAGAAGCAGCUGAAGGCUCUGCAUACACGUGCCAAUCUGCGCCGCCUCCUUGACUAUGUAGCCAAUGGCCAGGUUGAGAAGAUCACCAAGAUGUGCUCAAAAGGGCUUGACCCAAAUUUCCAUUGUCAUGAGACAGGUGAAACUCCUCUCACACUUGCCACCAGCAUCAAGAAGCCAAGCAAAGUGCUGAUUGCAUUGGUGAAUGGAGGGGCCUUGCUGGACUACCGCACACGGGAUGGUGCCACUGCCAUGCAUCGCUCAGUAGAGCGCAACAACUUGGAGGCUGUCACCACUCUGCUGGAGCUUGGGGCAUCGCCAAAUUACAAGGAUGCCAAGGGUCUGACUCCUCUGUACUUGGCCGUGACAUGUCGCACAGACCCUAUGCUGUGUGAGGGAUUGCUUCAUGACAGAGCUGCAAUUGGAGCACAGGAUCUGCAGGGCUGGCAGGAAGUUCACCAGGCAUGUCGGAAUGGAUUGGUUCAGCACCUCGAGCAGCUUCUGUUCUAUGGAGCAGACAUGAAUGCACGAAACGCUUCAGGUAACACCCCAUUGCACGUUUGUGCUGUGAACAGCCAGGAGAGUUGUGCACGUCUGCUUCUGUUUCGCGGCUGUGAACGUGAUGCGCUCAAUUAUGCCAACCAGACGCCCUACCAGGUAGCGGUGAUUGCUGGCAACAUGGAGCUUGCUGAGGUCAUACAGAGUCACCGCCCUGAGGAUGUUGUCCCGUUUCGAGAGCCCCCCAGAUACAACCCUCGCCGUCGGACUGCAGGGGGUGGGGGGGCACCUCAUCACCACCACCAUCCUCACCACUUUGGCCAUCAUCCAAACCUUCCACUCCGAAAUUGUGUGCCAUCAGAUCCCAUCAAUUUGGAGAUGCCUCCUUCCCCAUCCCCAUCGAACCGAUCGCUGCCGCCCUUCAGCUCAGCCUCAUCGAGUCUAAGUGAGACUAGCAGUGGGUCAACUCAACGCAGCGUCGAGGACAGUGCAAGCUACGUGACAGGUGAGGGGGGACAUGUGGACUACAAGGGUGGCUUUUCGCUGCCUGCAGACAAGAGUCUCGGGGACACUAGUGACAUCAUCAGUGACAGCUCUGGUGUCGGGACAUCCAACAGUGACACUACAACGCAAGGAUCUGUCUCGAUGCCCAGCAUGACUGUCGUCUGUCUUGAGAACUACAGCUCUGGGCUGCCUGGGCACCUCCGCAUAGCCCAAGGUGAUAUUGUUGAAGUAACUGGCACAACAGACUGUGGGCUGCUGGAAGGUGUGCUGCAUGGGCAGGGCACAGGCUUGCUGCCCCCACAUUGUGUGCAAGAGGUUCGAUUACAGCAGGGGGUUGUUCCACCCCCUGUACUUCCUCAACCUCCACCACAACAACCACCCUCUAUAAUGAUGGGCUCACUAACCACAAGCAGAGUGCAGGGACGCAGAGAGUCUAUGCAUAAACACUUUGCUACUGCUCCUCGCCUUAAGAAACAAUUACCGGCUGAGCCACGUACAGUAGUCUUGCAUCGUGCUCGCAAAGGCUUCGGGUUUAUCUUGCGGGGGGCCAAGGCCAUGUCCCCACUGAUGGAGUUGCAGCCCUCAGAGCGCUGCCCUGCCCUGCAGUACCUGGACGAUGUUGAUCAGGGGGGAGUGGCUGACAUGGCUGGACUCCGAAAAGGGGAUUACCUACUGGCCAUAAAUGGUGAAGACGUGUCUGCAGCAUCACAUGAGCAUGUUGUGGACUUGAUCCGAUGCUCUGGGGAUCUUGUAUCCAUGACAGUGGUGUCAGUCGGGGCCAGUGCCCCUGGGGGAGUACCCUGUUCCAAAUCGUCCACUCUUUUACCAGGAAGUGUUGGGACAAAUCAUCACAGGCAGUAUGCCACGCUGCCUCGUAAGAUGAAUGCUUCUAGCACUGGCACCAUUGGUCGCUCUCCUGCACCACUGCCCCCAAGACGAGACCCCAAGACAACCCUGAGUGUUGGGCGAGCAAGGGCGAGGUCCAUGGUAACUGGUCUAGAAGGUGGUGGGGAGAAGGAUGAAGGAGAUGGCCUUGAGGCAGAUGGUUUGGUGGGCGGGUCAGCAGGGACUACUAAGAGCAAUUCAGCUGAGUCAGUCCAUCACCAACAGGGGCAGGGUACUGGGGGGAGCAGCACCCCAGUGCAGCCACGCACUGCAUCUAUAAGGGCACGCCCUACCUCAAGUCGCAUUACUGCUGCUGAACUUGAGGAGCUGUUCCAGCGACAACAGGGCUCUAAUAAUGCUUCAUCUGAGGUGAUGACAUCACGAUUCCAGGCACCCACACUGGAGGGCAUGUCACAGCCUUCAUCUCCUGCUCGAACACCUCGAGUAUACACAAGUGUGGCAGAGAUGAAACGCUGUAAAGGCAAGUCAAGUAUACGGGUCCGCUUCUCCACUGGCGGGACAGAGCUGCACCGAGACUUCCACAGCACCCCAGACCUAGCACAGAGCAGUACAGUGAAUCGCACCAUUGACUGCCGUGUUCCAAAGGGGCACUGCAGUCAGGAAGAUGUGGCAACAUUGCUGCUAUUGAGUGGUGGAGUGGUGACUGGGCGUCCGCCUCUCCCUCCACCCACUCAUCCUCCACCACCACCGCCAGUUGGACAGCUGGUGAAGGUGGAUGUGUCCCGUGCAGCAGUGAAAACCAACUCGACAGCAACAGCAGAGUAUGCCAACACGACAAACAGCAUCAAGAUGGAUGCACACCCUGGCAACACUUUGAUGCUGGGGAGGAAUGUUGUAGCAACAGGAGAUGGAGAAGUUAUGUCUAGUUUUAGGCCUGCCAACAGUGCCAAGCUGUAUGCGUCUCCCGAGGAUGUCAAGUCCGUUGGGUACAGGUCCCGCAGCCUUCCAGUGCACUCAGCACGCCCACAGGUUCGCAAAUCCCACAGUCUGCGCUCCUCUGCAACAUCUUUCAAGCCUUCGUCACCUCUUGCCAACUCAGGCUCUUAUUCCACAACAGCCAGCACCAACAGCAAUCCAUAUGCUCAGCCAUUCCGUGGGGCUACUCACAGUCAUAUCAAUGUGAAUAGUAGCUCUACCAACUGUGACAGCAUAAAACUGAGGAACAAGGCAAAGAAGAAGAGUGGCUUUACAACCAGCUCAUCAGCAGCGAACUUGUCUUCUUUGUCUGUGGGUCCACCCCCCAUACCAGAGCCAGACUAUAGUCUAAGUGAAAGUGAGGGUGAAAGUGAGGGAGAAGGGGGUGGGAGAGGGAGAAGCCAGGCUGUGCCCCAGAGUGUGGUGGUGGCAGCAGCAGAAAUGAGUGAAAACAGCAAUGCCAGUGGGAGCAGCUCAAGCUCAGGCACUAUGCCUCACAGUUUCAGUGUCGAGGAAAUUCAGAAGGUUCGAACGCAGCUGAAGAGCUCAAAGUCGUACCCCAAUGACUUCCUGCUUCUAAAUGCCGACACAGGGGAAGAUGGAGACAACUCCUCUAGUGGUGUUAGCUCUGACCAGGAUGUUCCUGUGGGUCCCCCCACUGGCUUUGAUGAUGGCAGAUCUUCAGAAGGAUCUGGAGGCUCUGCACCUGAUGAGAAGGGGGUGAAAGGGCCAGACUUUCAGAAACAAACUUCUGUGAUGGUGACUGUUCCCUCAGGCCGGCAGAGGACAGCCAUUUCAGGGGGCAUUUUGACGAGGAAUGCUGUAUCAUUGGCACAGCUUCCUCCCCCUCUGGAAAGGGAUGGGGAAGCAGAAGGAGAAUUGGUGGUUCCUCCUCCUCCUGAGUUUCUUGGAGCUUCAAGUAAUGGAAGUGGAGGCCCAGAAGAGGUGCUGGCCCCUCCACCACAGUUCUGUGACAACCGACUGGUGACACGAGUGCGCAUCGUGGGAGCUGUUCCUAAGACUCCAGGAGAGGAUAGUCAUCUACACAGCCACUGAGGCCUAAACUCAUAUUACAACAACGAAACACAUUCCAGUGUCACCAACCUAUCCCCUUUGGAAGCAGCAACAUUUGUAAGAAUGUUAUUCCAUAAACAUGAUGUAAUCUCUCUUUCUUUGUUGUCCCAUACUUAUAUUGAUUAUUCUCUCUCUUCUCUUUAUCAUGAGCUAGGUGUUAAAAUCUUUGUGGAUUUGUAGGCAGAGUGAGAGUAGUGGGAAGUGUAAUGCUCAGCAGGUUGUCACGUAGGAGAACCGAAUGCUGCAUUCCAAUACUUCACCAGUGUAAAUACACAGGGAGAGGGGCUGUGCUUCUUCCACAGGAUAUUGGAAAUUAAUGUGCAAUGCAAUGAAGGCAUGAACUUGUGCAGGCAGUCCUAUACAUGAAAGGAAUUCUGUCUGUGUGGUAGUAGCCACAGAUUGCCAGUUGGGACUCGUAAUAUUCAUUCCACGAGAACAAGAAUUAGGCAUACAUUGCUGUAUCUAAAAGAUGGAACUGUACAGCACGAAAUGAAUAUCCUAUUUAAAAAUUAGAAUUAUAAGUGAAACAUUUAAUGCAAGCAAGUACCAUACUGAUAAUGACCCAGCGUGCAUCUUGGUCAUGUUGAUGGUAUACUCUAUUGCAUUUGAUGUUUGCGUGACUCCUGCCUUGACCAUUGUAGACCUAAUGUUAAGCUUAUAAGUGCAACUGACAUUACAGGUGACACGGAUAAUUGUUAAUAGAUUUGCCAGCCAUAAUUAAGAUAUUAUCAACAUUCCUGCCAACAUGAGUGUAAAGUAGCUACUGUAUAGACGCCAGGUGUAAGCUAUAGACUGUUUUUUUUUUCAGAUUGGCAGCUGUGUAUACUGACACAGAUGCCAAGGUUAGAGGAUUUGAUGCUGUGCUACAAGCUAUCAAAACAUUUGCCAUGGCAGUAUAAGUUUUUCCCUCAAGAGAUUGGUUACAAUGACGCCAAACUUUUAUAUAUAGAUAUGUGUGUUGUGUGGCAACUGUCAGUAUUUCAGAUCAGACUGAGUGAUAAACUGUUUGCAUGAGUGCACACAUUCACUUCCUUUUACGCUCACAAAUUUUCAGUACAAAAUUUGUGUUCCAUUUGCACACAGCUGACCAUCAUCUGUGUUCUGAUCACAUGCUGAUGAAUGUCUGUUGUGUUCAGUUUAUGCACAUUUUAUCUUCUGUGUUCUCUUCAUGCACAGAUGAUUGUCUUGUUUUGUUUCAAAGUUCAGUGCCCUGACUUACAGCAGAAAAUGAAAAAGUCACUGCAGAACCAUCCUUCCAAUGAAAGUUGUACCAAACAUAUGAAUAGUGAAAUGGAAGCUGUUGAUUAGAAUAUUUCUUUUGUCAGGACAGGAAAUCUGCAGUGCAAUACAGACACACAUGGUGACCAACCAAACAUUGUGAACAGUAAUUGGGACUGAGUACGCGCUGAUCCAGUAGACCAGACUAUCUUGGUGUGUCAGCUGGGUUCCAUGUUGUGGCUUUUGCCAGUUGAGCGGGUACUCUUUGUGUUAUGUCAGUAGUGCCAUUUCUGUGACAUCCAUGUUGGAUAGCACCACAAAAUACUCACAGGCACAAAUUUGGUUUGUAAUUCCCUGGCCUUGCAGCAGCAGAAUUUGGGAAGUUUGUACAUAUUUGUAAAUUGUAUUACAUCAACAUUGUGUGUGUAGAUAAUUAGAUUAAAUGUAAAAUAUACUGAAAAGCUCCUUGAAAA